GCCUCCCAGGCUGGGGCACGAGUGGCUGCGGAGUGUGGGUGGUUGGGCGUGAGGGGCCGACGGGCUCGCGCGCGCGCCGUCUGCUGAGGUCCCUCGGGAAGGAGGAGAGCGCCCGACGCCGACCCGCACGCGCAGCCCGGCAGUCGGCUGCGCGCCGAGGGCGGAGGUGGUGCGUGUGCGUGUGUGUGUGUGUGUGUGUGUGUGUGUAGCUCGGGUGCCAAGGGCGAGCCGUCAGUCCCCGGGUGCGAGUCCCUGCUGUCUUCCACACCCUUCCUCCCUCCAGGCUCCUUUCCUACAUCCUUCCCGCGCCCCCACGGUUGCGGACCGAGCGAGAACCCCCUUAAGCGGGUGUGGGGGGCGUGCGGGGUGGCACGAGACAAAAGGGGCACGGGGGUGAGCCCGCCAUGGCCUCCCGGAGCCUAGGGGGCCUGAGCGGGAUCCGCGGCGGUGGCGGCGGAGGCGGCAAGAAAAGCCUGAGCGCCCGCAAUGCUGCGGUGGAGAGGAGGAACUUGAUCACCGUGUGCAGGUUUUCUGUGAAGACCCUGAUUGAUCGGUCGUGCUUUGAGACAAUUGAUGAUUCUUCUCCUGAAUUUAACAAUUUUGCAGCUAUUUUGGAACAGAUUUUAAGCCACCGGCUAAAAGAGAUUUCCCCAAGUUGCAGAUGGCUGGCUCAUCUCCAAAUACCUCUUCAAGGUCAAGUAACCUGGUUUGGUUAUGAAAGUCCUCGUAGCUUCUGGGACUAUAUCAGAGUGGCUUGCCGGAAAGUUUCACAGAAUUGUAUCUGCAGCAUUGAAAAUAUGGAAAAUGUCAGUUCUUCUAGAGCUAAGGGUAGAGCCUGGAUCAGAGUAGCACUCAUGGAAAAACAUUUAUCUGAAUACAUCUCUACAGCUCUGAGAGACUUCAAAACAACCAGGAGAUUUUAUGAAGAUGGAGCAAUUGUCUUGGGUGAAGAAGCAAAUAUGCUUGCCGGCAUGCUUCUAGGACUCAAUGCUAUUGAUUUCAGUUUCUGCCUAAAGGGAGAGGGGCUGGAUGGCAGUUUUCCUGCUGUAAUAGACUAUACACCAUAUUUGAAGUAUAUCCAAAGUUCUGAUAGUAUCAGCAGUGAUGAGGAGGAGCUAAGGACUUUGGGAAGCAGUGGUAGCGAAAGCAGUACUCCAGAGAAUGUCGGACCUCCUUUCCUCAUGGAUGAGAACAGUUGGUUCAACAAGUGUAAGAGAGUUAAACAAAAGUAUCAGCUUACCCUGGAACAGAAGGGUUACCUUGAAGAACUCUUACGACUUCGAGAGAACCAACUAUCUGAAUCUGUCUCCCAGAAUAAAAUACUACUACAAAGGAUUGAAGAUUCUGAUCUGGCUCAUAAACUGGAGAAGGAACAAUUAGAAUAUAUAAUUGUGGAGCUUCAAGAUCAGCUGACUGUGCUAAAGAAUAAUGAUUUAAGAUCGAGACAAGAGUUAACUGCCCAUCUCACCAACCAGUGGCCUUCCCCAGGAGCUCUGGAUGUCAAUGCUGUUGCCUUGGAUACGUUGCUUUACCGAAAACACAAUAAACAGUGGUAUGAGAAAAGUUAUCAAAGUCUUGACCAGUUAUCAGCAGAAGUUAGCCUUUCUCAGACUUCACUGGAUCCAGGCCAGUCACAAGAAGGAGAUGGAAAACAAGACACAUUAAAUGUAAUGAGUGAAGGUAAAGAAGAUACUCCCUCAUUACUUGGCCUCUGUGGAUCUCUAACGUCAGUGGCAAGUUACAAGUCUCUAACAAGCUUAAAAUCUAAUGACUACCUUGCAAGUCCUACAACAGAGAUGACAAGUCCAGGCCUAACUCCAUCUUGAAAAUUUUUAUGUAAAAGCCGAAACUUUUUAUGUUGUAAAUGUUUAAUUUACAUGUUUGACUGCUGGGAAGACCUUAGAAAUUUUAUAUUGUUCUGGUACGUGUCUGAAAUUCUAUUGCUUAGAGAGAAUCCCCACCAGAUAAGAGACUUUGAGUGAAAAACAUAAUGAUCCUGCCAUUUUUCAUUUUUAAAAUUCUUACAUUUGUCAUUGAGAAAGUUCAAAAUGGAAUAGGCUUUAAAAAAAAAAAAAUUUCAAAGAUCCACCAAAUCGUUCAUAGCAAAUUGCACAUAUUGUUCAGCUGAUUUUUAUAUAUUUAAAUAUACCUUAGUGGCCAGAGACUGACUUUAAGGUUUUAUUCCAGAGACUCCAGAGACUUAAGCUAAGUAUUUUUUCAUUCUUUCAGAUUUUCAAAAAAAAAAAAAAAAAAAAGUUAAUUUCAUUUUUUCAUUAAUGUCUUUCUAAGUUAUGCUUUAAAUGCCUUGUUUUUAAUAACAGGGGAAAGUUCUCAGCUGCAUUCUCACAGUGGCUUAUUCAGUUUUUCUUUAAUAUUUACCAUUUGGUAUCAACUCAGCAUUCCACUUAACAUUUUAUAAAUUCCAUAGGAAUAUGCCUGUUUUGGUAGUUACUGACUUAAUUUGUUAGUGCCACAAGGAAAAUAUUUUACAGUAUUUUAUGCCAUUUAGGUAAAAUGAAUAAACUGUUUUCCAAGAUUUUCUUAAAAGAUUAUCAAUUUAAAAGUAUGAUCAAGUAUGCCUCAAAAGCUAGAAACAUUUCAAAAUGUAGAACAAACGUUGACAAAUUGUUUUGCCAGGAAAGAGUUCAAGUUCAGUUAAGGAUUUGAGAGGCUUUUAAACAAGGAUCAGUUGGGUAGUUAUCAUAUUUACUUAAUAUAUGUCUGAUAUUCAGUGCUGGUUCUUUUUCCUGUUUGUGCAACAAUGAAUUGUGCCAUGUGUGUUUUAUAGCCUCUAUCAUUAAUCACACCAUAAUCUCAUUUUAAAACAUUUUAAUGUUAAAACAUCCCCACACUUAUAUACAGGUAAAAUUAGUUGUUUUUUUUUUAAAGUUGUAAUCUGUACUUUUUUUUUUUUUUUUGCAAUUUUUGAAACAGCUACAUUAAUCCCUAAAAGUCCCACCAUACUGAAAAUGUAUGGCGUGUAUUUUCUAUAGUAAGUAAUAUGAGGAAAACAUGAUUAGCUGUGCCAAAGAAAUUUUAUACAUUGUUUACAUGAUGAGGCCACAGUACUUACUGGGGACUUCAUAUGGUUUUUUAUUAUUAUUGAGAAGAGUUAAGAGCUGAGGUUACCACAUUCGUUCUUUGUGUUAGAAAUGUAGGAGUGUGGUGGUUUUCUGCAAUAUUUAGAGCUUAGUCUCAUAAUUUGGAAUUUAAGAUAAUAAGUAGUAACAAGGCAAGUCUUUCAUAUAAGACAGUCAAACAGUGUCACUUCAGGACAAAGGCCUGGAAGCCCUUAAAAUAAGUUAUCUUAGAUGUGCCAGAACAUAUUCAGAGCUUUAUUCCUUUAAGCUUAAGGCUUCAAUACUUGUAGAAAUGCAAAUAUUCUUGAGAAAUGAUACAUUUUUGUUCUCAAUUUCUCAAUUCUACAUACCUGAUUAUGAGUGAAGUAUCCAAAGCAGGUUUUCAUCAGCAUGGGGGAUGGAAGGUAGGUAUAAUAUGACGACAAUGGAAACUUUGGGAGAAGGGAGUGAGGAAAUGGAUAAAGAGAAAUUUGAAAAUUUUAGGCUGGACUUGAGCACUAUUGCUGCUUUCCUACGAACUAUCAGAAUGUUUAAAUGCUUUAUCAUUCAUGGUCCACUCUCAACUAACAUUUAUUAUCCUUUAGUAAUUAAACAAUGGUUUUACAUACAUUUUUAUAAUGUAGAAGGAAAUUCAAGAUUCCAUAAUCGUAAAAUUUUUCAGAUUUGUCUAAUGUGUAAUUUGUGCAUCUUCACAUGCUGCUAAAUGCAGAUUUAAACAUUAUGUCUGAGGAUCGUGACUUUUCCUCCUUUCUUGGAGAUCUUGGUAUAAAAUUCAUCUGCUGUUAUAAAAUCAGGUUUCUACAGAGUUCAUUUCACACUAAAGGUAGUUUAUUACUGUUUGCAUGAGGAAACCAUGUAUGUCUCAAUCUUUAAUUUUAGGUGGUAGUGUUUAUUGUUCACCCUCCCUCUUGCCUCCAAAAGAAUGCUGAAUUAUACGCCAAUUUUUCUAUGUGUAUUCUGUUGCCUUGAUGCGUACUAUACUUGUUGCAUGUAUAUUAAAAAUUUUGUACUAUGCAUUGGUGGUCUUAUUUUGCUUGACAAAAAGUUACCUGAUUUAAGUACACUUAACUUUUGUUUCAGCAAAUGUGGUAAAUAUAUAUUAUUUCACACCUAAAAUACUAACAUGAAAAUGCAAUGGGAGAAAAAUCCUUAUUUCAACUCACAUCAAGUUAAAUAUCCUAUUUUUAAAAAGUAACAUGAUAUGCUUUAGAAUACACCACAUCUAUUGAAUCAGUACAGUUUAGUAGUGGUUCUGGCAGUGUUACUGAUUUAAUUAUAAAAUAGUCAUGUUUGUUUUCUCACCUGUAAGAAUCAUCACUAUCUUCUUGGCACCUAUGAGAUGGCAUCAGGAUGAUGUAAGCAUUAAAUAAAAUCAUAUAAAAAUUCUAAAGAGAUAAAUGCCAAAUGCAAGCUACUACUAAUUAUGAUUGGCAGAAAAAGUAGAUCAUAAGUUAGUUGUUAAAUCAUUAGAUUUACAUACAGUUUUUAAGUGGUUAUCAAUGUGUCCCAAAUUUACAACUUAGAAAACUGCUUUGUUAAAGUUCCUAUCAUUAGAUGAAAUGUGCAGAUUUUGCUAAACUAACAUAUUGGAUUACCACUUAAGUGUCACAAGACUGUGGUUCAUUCUGCUCUUCUGAAAGCAAAGCAGCUUCGAUUUAGUUUUAGCAUUUGUCAUUUUAACUGAUAGGAAAGGGAAGAUAAAAUUACAUCUUUUUCAUUAUGGUACAUUUAAAAAGUAUAUUUUAAUACAAACCAAAACUUUUAGAUUUUAACAUAGAUCACCUUAUCAUAAGCCCCAUUUUCCAUACUGCUGGUUAUCUUUCCAAAACCCAAGUCUAACUGUUACAACUGUGCCAAAAAGUUUUUCCUAGGUUUCUCAUGGCCUUCCUUCUUGUUUCUGCUUUAGCGCACAAGGCCUUUGACUACAUUUCCAUGUUUACCCUUUCCCAUGUAUACACUUUGUUCAAGCCAUAUGGACUAAAUUCUAUUGCCUUAUUGAGACUCCCACUUCCCUGCAUGUUUACUAAUUGGAUUGCCUGUCAGUCCAACUCUUAGGUUUCCUGACCACUCCCCUUCUUCUCUGCCCCCAGGCUAAGUGAACAACUCCCCAUAUUUCCCAUGACUCCCUUUGCAUGCUUCUAUCAAUCAAUCAUAGCUCUGAAACCUCCUGUGGCCAGUAACAAUAUCUGAAAUGUCUUAUCUCCAGUGCCUUUUAUAUACUGCCUACUACAUAAAAUGUCCCAAUAAAUGUUGACAGAUUAAAUAUAA